AUGACUCGCAAACGACAACGUACAUCCCAUCCACCCAAUGAAAUACAGGGCUUGCGUCUGACAAGAAGCAAAGCGUGCACGGAAUGUAAGACUCAAAAAACCAAGUGCGAGACCAACCAUGGGGAGACGUCAUGUAGCAGAUGUCUGCGACAUGGACUUGAGUGUGUCUCAUAUGACGUCUCUCAGCAGUUUCUGCAGAGUGAUAUGGCAUGGAAGAAUCAGACCACCGAAGAGGUUGGCUUACUGCGUGCUGCAGUUCAGCAUCUCUUGAGACAUACGCAACAGCCGGAGUUGUCGAGUUUUGCAUCACAGACCAGCCCAUCGGGUCGGUCGGAUGCUCGAGUCGAACAUCAAGAUGCAGCCAUAGACAUGUCGAGGGAGAAUUCUCCGCAACCUCAGGAGAAUGGUCCGACGGGUCUGAUCACCGCACCGAUGCGCAGUUUGUAUGAACUGACACGGUUGAAAACCCUCCGGAAUAACCCCGCUUGGAAGCCGAGGACUCCAUUGAUAGACGAGGACUUUAUCUCUCAAGGUGUUGUAUCGGUGGAGGAAGCCGAUUUCUUGUUCAAUCAGUUCGUGGAUUCUAACAACCGCAUGCUCUGGGACGGAGCUCUCCUGCUUCAUCGGACAUUAGAUUCUGUGCGACGAUCUUCAUCCCUGCUCACGGCGGUGAUUUUUACAGUGGGGGCUCUGCAUACCCCCGGGCGAACGGAAGCAUUUCAUCAAAGCUACAACGUCUUCGUCUCGCUCGCUUCCAGUUUAUCAUUAUCGAGACAUCAUAGUCUUGAUGACAUCCGUGCACUAUGUAUCGGUGCGUUCUAUCUGGCAAACCUGAGCUGGAAGCUGUCGGGUCAGGCCAUCCGGAUCGCAGCAGAAAUCGGUCUACACCAGUCGUAUCAUCGUCUCAUGCAGGGAGAGAGAAAUCAGAUGGAGCAUGUUCGUCUAUGGUACGCCACAUAUGUAUGCGAUCAUCAAUUUAGCAUCGCACAUGGGAGGCCCCCAGCUGCAGUUAAUGAUGAAUCUAUUCGAAAUAUUGAGCUAUUUCUCAGCCAAGAAGGAGCGAACAAUGGUGAUGCCAGACUAGCUGCUCAGGUGUCUUUGUUCGCCACUUUGACAGAAGCUUACAUGGCAUUUGGCAGUGAUCCAAACCGCCCCUUAGACCAACAGGAUAUUGAGAAGCUGAGGGUUUUCAACGUGGCUGUCGAACAAUGGAAACUUCAAUGGGUGCCACGUUCAGAGAACUGUGUCAUCCUGGGAUCAUAUCCAUCCAAAGCUCUGGUGUUGUAUUAUCAUUUCGCUCGAUUCCAGCUCAAUUCGCUGGCCCUUCGUGGAGUCGCUCCUCCUGGCCCUGUACCUACAGACCUGUCCCUUGGUCACCGUGAAGCUGCCAAUAAGGCCAUCGCAGCCGCUAUGGCAACGCUGACACUGAUCUUGGAAGAAAUUGACCUCCGUCUCGCCUUUCCCAACGUGCCUAUAUUUACCUACACCAUGGUAGCUUUCUGCGCGACCUUUCUUUUGAAAAUGGCCGCCACGUGGGGAAGAGACACCGCAGGUGAGGUUGGAGAUGGGAGUAACCGGCUUGGACUAAUGAUAGAUACUCGAUACAUUGUCUCCCUUGUUCAACAAUCGGCCGAUAUGUUAGCGGGUGUAGCAGCCAGUCUCAACGAGAAACAUCUCGCCAAACAUAUCGCGGCAGGUAUGCUCGAGAUGCUGCAGCAGUUCCAUUCUUUGGAUAAAGAGGCCAGAAACACUUUUGCCCCAGUGCCAGACCUCAAUACCAUGCCUACAGUGCAAGGUAUGCCUGAUGAGACUGCCUUCUGGGCAGGCGAAUACAACUUUCACGAUCUCGGAGGAACGUUUGGCUUUGGCUUGGAUGAGACGUUACUUGGUCAAAUGGCAGCAGAUAACUUUGAACUAUGGCCUCAAUAAUCCGUUUCAUCACUCCUUCAUCAUAAUACAAUAC